AGAGACAGCUCUGCGUCUGUGUGCGUGUCUCCACAGCUAGGCCAGAGAGAUGGCGGCGCCCGUCCUGAGAGUGUCCACCCCUCGGUGGGAAAGAAUAGCCAGGCUUCUCGUCUGCUUAAUAGGGAUCCUGCUGUCUCUAUACGCCUUUCACGUGGAGAGGGAAAAGGCCCGUGAUCCCAGUUACUCGGCGAUGUGCGACCUGAGCAGCUCGGUCAGCUGCUCCAAAGUGUUCAGCUCAAGGUGGGGCCGUGGUUUUGGACUGUUGGGUUCCAUUUUUGGAAACGAUAGUGCACUGAACCAACCAAACAGUGUCUACGGGGUGGUCUUUUAUGCUUUUCAGCUCUUACUAGGACUAACUGUGAGUGCAAUGGCCGCCCUGUUUCUCAUGACGACCUCCAUCCUGUCGGUGAUGGGCUCCCUCUACUUGGGCUACAUCCUCUACUUUGUCCUAAAGGACUUCUGUGUCAUCUGCAUUACCACAUACGCCCUGAACUUCAUUCUCUUUAUUCUCAACUAUAAGCGACUAGUUUACUUGAAUGAGGCCUGGAAGCAGCAGCUCCAGACGAAGCAGGACUAAGCUGUGGAAAAACGGCAAGAAAACAUAACACAAAAAUUGAGACAAAAAAGAAAUGUGACCUCUGAACAUUUGACUUGCCACCAGGAGACCUUGCUUCCAAAUGUUUAUUCUGCUGUGUGUUCAAACAAAAAAUGAAGAAAUUUAACUGGGCCUGACACCUCAAUGUUGAUUGCAAACGCUGAAGGAUUACAAAGUUUAAGAAUUCUGUCUUUUAAAAUUCCUUUCCCAUGGUUUAACGUUGUACUCUUGGACGGGAUGGCUAUGCAGCUGUGGGGGAAUCAUGUCAACCCGAGAAAAGCAGAGGCACAUUAAAGGAUCAAUGGAGGAUGGAUCUCACUGAACAAAAGGAUCACAAAAUGGAAGAAAGUGGGAUGUUGCGUUUAAAGGGGAGCACUUGAAAUGCUAAAACUGCACAGUGGGUCUACAUUAAAAGUAAGGAAGGAUUGGCAGGUCCCUGAUGUAGAGUUCAAUCAGUUAAACAGUUUUGCAAUUGUGUGGCAGGGUAUGGGGGACAAAACCAAUAACAUUAAAAGUAGGCUUUUUCAUGUUUACACUCAUAAUGAGGAGGACCACUAAACAACAAUGUGAUAUAUUGUCUUUAGAUCAUUUAGUUUUAUUUUGCAUUACUGUAAAUAGCUAAUGAGCAAUAUUCCAGCCUAGAUUGUACUUUGUCUAGUUGGCACAGAUGUUUAAAGGAUUACAAUCUGGACAAAAAAUACUCAAGUCAAUGGUAAGGCGAAAAAGCAACAGUACGUCUGUUAACCCGGUCAGGCAGUUCAAAAGUAGCGUAGACUUCAGCGUGGAUGUUGAUGGAGCCAGUGAAUAGAUUUCUGGUAUCGUUUGGCCAUGUGAAAACCAUUCCUGACCACCUCACAUGUGGGAUCUAAGACUUAUGUGCCUAAAGGAGUCAAAAACAGUUACUUUUUUAUUUCAGAGAUGCGGGUGAGGUGAGGGCAUGUCAUGUUAACACGUUUUAUUCCUUUUUGUCUGAGGUUUAAUUUUUUUGUCUUUGUAAAUGACACUACCAGUAAAGUGUUCCCUCCUUCCUAGCAGAGUAUAUGAGGUAGCAAAGGCUGCUACACUGUGAUUGUCUUCUAAACAGUGUCAUGGUGGCAGGGGCAUCUCCAAUAUUUAUGUCUUGCUUAUCUGGUUAGUCACUGUCAGAGCCUGCGUACAUGUGAUGGCAAUUGAACAGUUACAGUGAUCUUGUAUGGCUGGAGUUCAUUGUAGGAACAAAACUAAUGCAGCAUAUAACAGUUAAUAAAAAGGGUCUUAAUAAUAUUCAUACAAUGGUAUCCAGGUGGUUGUGAUGAGAUGAUGUCAUACUCCUAGAUGAGGGGCAAGAAGCAGUUUUUCUAAUAGAUUACAUUGUACUUCUACCAUGGAAUAUCCAAUAGGUAAAUACACAAAUGUUGAAGGAGAUCAUCUCUACUAGUAACGUGACCCUAGUACUUGCUAAUAACAAAAUAUAAUAAUUUUAACAAAAUCCAUUUUGGCUGACCCCGAUCUGUAUUAAACAUUACAUUAUAGAAUGAUCUUAUCUGAAACCCAGCAAUAGCAAUGCCAGAAGCCAACAGUAUUUAAAAUAUUUGGUGCAAAUUGCAUAAUAAAGUUUUACUCUAUCAGAUAUAUGGUUUAGUUAUUGGACAGCCCCUGAGUCUCACGUAAACUGCACCCAAUGUGGUUCAGAACAGUGCAGACAUGUCACCUCUUGUCACAAUACCCAUAACUCUUCUUACAGAAGAGUUCUGUUUUUUGCAUAUUGUUGGUGAAUAGCUUCCUUUAAUUACUAGUAAAUGUAUAGAAACUGACUGUAUGACCACUGUUGUUGCCAUUUACUAUGAACCUGAAUAUUAUAAUACAAAGACAGACCAUUUCUGUAUAUCUUUGGUCCAACAUUGAGAAUAUGACCUCAACUUGUUUUAUCUUAAAGCAAUAUUUGCAAAUAUGCUGCUACAUGAGUGAACCCUGACCAAAAAGUACUGCAGCUCACUCCAAGGCUAAAGCAACUGAAUCUGUACCACAAUAUAUAGAACCUGGUCAAUUAACACAUGGUAUUUAUGUGAUUGUAUUUGUAUGAUGAUUUGGGGGUUGCAUUAUGUUUUGGCUCUUCCUAAAACGGUUUAGCUGGUCAAGCAUUACAAUAAGACUGUGUUUUUGUGUUUUCCUAAAGAAAACAGGUCAUCUGUAGACUUGUCUAAACUAGUCUAGAAGAUGAUGGGACCUUCUGUUUUUUGUCUGUUCUACCACCUCACAUGUGUGCAGGAGAUGAAGUCUGAAGGUUCAAACUGGUACAAAAAUCAUUUAUGUCUAAAUAUAUGUUAAAAUACUGAGCACUGGAGCUUCUUUAACAUCUGUCAGACCCUGAGGUAUAACUGCCAUGUUAACUGCAUCACCAAUGCCAACAAAAGUGCCUUCUGUGGGAUCACUAGGCCUUGAGCCAAAGACGAGCAACAGAGCCUUGUAAAAUAAUGAAUGGUUACUGCAAUAGGCCCAUUGCCUUCUCAAAAUUUACUGAUGAAUUUGUCAUUCCCAACAAGUCAAUAAGUGAUAUUAAUGUACAACCAGUCCAAAAAUUGCCAGAUGCCCUGUCAAAUAAGGCUGUUUUCCACAUUGUAAACUUUUUUUUUUGUCUAGCUAGGACAUGUUUGUUAGCAAAGAUACACUCUGUACCAGUUUCAAGAUUGUAAUGUUCUUUUUCAUCAUUAAUUAUGCCCUUUAGCUGUAUAGACUGUUAAUGUUGGGUUAUUUUAGUUAAAAAAAAAAACAAGAGUUUGGGGGGCUUGGAAUCCAUGUGUCAGCAUAGACCAUUAAUUAAAUUUCUUUGUGGAGAAAACUUGGUUUGCUUCUGUAUUGCCAAAUAUGUUUUAAAAUGCUGUAUUUUCUUAAACGGAAAAGUGUUACUGGAACUAAAAGAGGGGACAACAAGGAAAGCAGCUCUAAUCAACUGAAACAGUAAAGAGGUGGCAUUUUUAAUUGUCAUUGUCACAUGGAAAUAACCUACCAUUAAAACAUUCCCUCUGAAA